ACAGUACAUAGCAACUCCCGCACGGUUUUAAAGAUGUCAAGAAUCUUUCUCAAUUAUUUCAAAGAGGGCUUGAAUUCCUUCCGCUGAGCCGUUGACAUGGAUUGGACUACUUUACUUACACUAACGACCGACUGACCGACGAGGACGAGUGGAUGGAUCCCUCCGACCGGACGCAGGCUAGACGGACGCCCAAAAAAGAUACACUGUCAAGCAGACGCAGAGGUUGCAGGCGAUGGCUUGACAGACCACGGUUUGCCCAUAACGGUUUGCUGAUCAAGGUUGGGCAGUCGACGCCGAAAGUCUCUCUCUCUCUAUUUUUUCUUUUUUCUUUUUAGCGUUCUCAGAGACUCUGAGAGGCCGAAGAAAAGAAAGUUUUGGCGCGAUGACUUCUUCCAUUCAUCCAGGUUGAUCUGUGCCUGUCUCUCCUUUUAUCCAAUGCUAGAUGAGGUCAUUGACAUCAGUGAUAUUCCACCCAAGCUCAUUAUUGUACGGAUAGAGCUGAUGCGACCAGCGCAUAGGCUUCAAGUUCCAACCAAGCCACAGGCUUUCCCAGAACCAAGCGGAACGUUGGAUGAAUAAUUCCACAGUAGAAUAUGAGACAAGUAAUCUGUACUCUGUUGGUCUACGAAUAUUGUUGGAGACAUUUCGAACUUUCGGAGCAAUAAAUGGGGUCCCUUGUGGGAUUUUCAAAUUUUUUUUUUUUUUCCCCCGGUGUCUGAUAACAGCAAAAAGACAGCAAAAUCUAUUCUCCCCCUUCAUUCUCAUGAUUAUACUCGGUGACUCCCUAGCUACUCCGUACAUGGCAUAUGUAAGGCUUGCAACUGCUGGUCGGCUACAUGCAUAUGCCUGUCUCCUCAACUGGGGACCGCAAGAAGAAAACAAGAACCCCAUGACC